GGGACGUCGUAACGAAAGCCGUGGACCGCGCUUUCCUGGAACUUGCGGAGCUAGACGGCAAGAAGGACGAGGAGGGGCGGCCGGUGAUUAACGUUCCGGAGCUAUACACCGGCGUGCUCCUCGUGUACAACUAUGUGAACCGCUACUCCCCGGGGAGUUAUCUGAGCCCUCCAAAGAAGAAGGAUGUUCUCAAGCUGGUCAAGGAGGUUGGUAACCACGUGGAUAUCGUGCGAGGCGCCGGCGGAGGCACGUUGGAGAGCUGCUGCAGAGCGUGCGCGGGUGACAAGGCCUGCCACGCCUAUCACUUCUUCCCUAGCAAACGGCUAGCCGACAAUGCUAACGUUCGGGGCUUCAUUGACGGCGUGCAGUGCUACCUGCUGGAGAAGAAAGCUGGGUCUGGAGGGACAGCGGGGCUGAGACAUCCUUAUAGCGGGGAUGGAAGAGAGCAGGAUGCUGUGUCGGCAUUCUACCCGCUCAGCUGGGUGGGAGGCUCAUGCGACACGUCUCGCCUGGACAACACCGACCCGCGCAUCACAGGCUCGCACGGGACCCUCUUUGACUUCCCCGGGCAGCUCGGCAAAUCUUUCUGCUUGCUUGCCGACCAUCGGAUCCACAUCAAUGUUCUGCUGCAGAGCCACCAGGGACCAGAGUCCGCAGCGGCAGCGGCACUAGCAGCAGCAGGCAUGCCGAGGAGAGUGGCAGAGGGAAGCCUGCAUGUGUGGGUGAAGGAGGUGGGAGUGGUGUGGGUGUCAUCUGGCGGCAAGCAGCACUCGCUGCGCAUGGUGGCGCGCACAGGCAACCAGCAGGACAGGGGGGCCAACGGUUUCCUCGCCCUCAUGCAGGUGGACGGUGCUGACGUGGCACCGCCACGCUUCCAUGAUGACCUGGCAGUGGUGGGAGCGGAUGGAAGUGUGGAGAUAAGGAAGACGGCGGAGGAAGAGGAUGGGCCUUUCGAUGUGGACACGUAUGAAGUUGUGUUUGAAGGGCUGGGGAAGGUGCAUGUGAGCAUGAGGGUGGCUCACCCUUUGCUACAAACACCAGAGGAAGCUGAGGCCCAUUUCAACAUCCGGGUAGCUGAACUCCAGCCUGAGGACGACGACAGUGGGUCGGGCAGUUCAGGCGGGAGCGAUGGGUCGGGCAGCGGCAGACGGGGCGGGCAGGGGGACGAGGAGGCGGGGUAUGAGAUGGAAGAGGACGAGGAGCGGUCGGAGGAAGACGAGGAGGAGGAUGAAGCAGGCGACGACCCGGAUGACGAGGAUUUCGACCCCACCAGCUGCGCGCCGAAUGGGCAACUGCCGCGGCGGGGGAAGGAGGUGAGCGCGGAGGGGGAGGGAGAGUCGUCAGACGAUGAUGGGGAGGGGGACGAGGAGGAGGAGGCAGGGAGCGGGAGCGAGUCGUUUGACGAAGCUGGGGCGGGUGGCGGGGACGACGAGAGCUCGUCUGAUUUCUCUGGGUCGGUGAGCGAGUCAGGGAGUGAGAGUGAGGGGCGGGGGAAGCCGCGGGCCAGGCGUGGGGGGGCUGGCGCGGGCGGAGGAGGGGGCGGGGGCGGGGGGAAAGGGGGGAGAAAACGCGCGCGGGGCGGGGCGGGGAGCUCGGAGAGUGAGAGCAGCGGAGGGGAAGGGCGGAAGGGGCGGUCGGGGAAGGGGGGAGGGCGGGCGGGGGUGGCGGCGAGGGAGACACGCAUGUCACGGAGGGCUGUGCCGCGCAAGUCAUACUUUGAGGAUGAUGAGGACUCGGCGGAUGACCUGGCGCCACCUGCUAAGAAGAAACUCAAGGGCAUAGCAGCAGCGGGGGAGGAGGGCGAGGAGGAGGAUGAAGACAUGCUGCCGGCAGGGGAUGCAGCAGAGGCAGACGCAGAGGCGGAGGGGGACGUGGUGGAGCGGGUGCUGUGGCACCAGCCGCUGGGGAGGAGUGAGGAGAUGCGGGCAGCGGGGCAGCCCACGGGGCCGUGUGUGUUGGAGUAUGAUGUGAGCGAGGCCAUCGACUGGGAGCAGGAGGAGCUGUACGUCAAGUGGAAGGGACGCUCCUUCCUGCACUGCGAAUGGCUGCCCAUCUCCACCCUCUCCACGCUACCCGGGUUCAAGAAGGUGCAGAACUACAUGAAGCGGGCGGACGAUGAGAGGCGGUACCGUCUGAGUGUGUCAGCAGAGGAGGUGGAGGCGCUGAACGUGGGGCGCGAGAUGGAGCUGGACCUGCUCAAGCAGUACUCGCAGGUGGACAGGGUGGUGGCAGAGCGGCCAGCCAAGGCAGCAGGGGAGGCGGGGAGGGAGGGCGAUGAGGUCAGCAGCUACGAGUUCUUUGUCAAGUGGAAGGGGCUUUCCUACUCCGAGGCCACCUGGGAGACGGAGGCGGACAUAGAGGUUGCGCGGGAGGCGAUAGACGAGUUCAAGGAGAGGGAGGCGGGAGCGCUGGUGGUGGGCAAAAGCGUGGAGGCGCAACGGAAGAGCUGCCGAAGCAUGAGCAAGCUGGAGGUGCAGCCGGAGUGGCUCAAGGGCGGCACCUUGAGGGACUACCAGCUCAUGGGGCUCAACUUCCUCAUCCACAGUUGGAUGAGAGACACAAACGUUAUCCUGGCAGACGAGAUGGGGCUGGGCAAGACGGUGCAGUCCGUCUCCAUGCUCGGCUUUCUCUUUCACAUGCAGCAGAUACAGGGUCCGUUCCUGAUAGUUGUGCCGCUGUCAACCAUGAGCAACUGGGAGCGGGAGCUGCGCCGCUGGCUGCCCUCCCUCAACGUCGUGCUUUAUGUGGGCAACCGCGCCUCCAGAGAGGUGGUGCAGCAGUACGAGUUCUGGCAGGCUGCGGGCAGGAAGGGAGGGAGGCAGAGCAAGUUCCAUGCGCUACUAACAACCUACGAGGUGGUCUUGAAAGACAAGGCUGUGCUCUCGCCCAUCCGCUGGACGUACCUCAUGGUCGACGAGGCGCACCGCCUCAAGAACUCUGAAGCGGCGCUCUACACCACGCUCAUUAGCUUCCAUGCGCGCAACAAGCUGCUCAUCACCGGCACGCCCCUGCAGAACAGCGUCGAGGAGCUCUGGGCGCUGCUGCAUUUCCUGGACUCGGGCAAGUUUGGCGACAAGGAGGAGUUUUCAGCCAAGUACAAACACCUGCUGGAGAACCAGAGCGAGAAGGAGAUCACGUCAUUGCACCAGGAGCUGCGCCCGCACAUGCUGCGGCGGGUGAUCAAGGACGUGGAGAAGUCACUGCCGCCCAAGAUUGAACGCAUCCUGCGCGUCGAGAUGUCGCCCCUGCAGAAGCAGUACUACAAGUGGAUUCUUGAGCGCAACUUUCAGGAUCUGAACAAGAACGCGCGCAGCAACCAGGUGUCCUUGCUCAACAUCGUGGCAGAGCUCAAGAAGUGCUGCAACCACCCCUUCCUCUUUGAGAGCGCUGACUACGGCUACGGGGGCGGCGCGGCGGGAGGGGCGCUGGACGCACAGGGCAAGGCGCAGCGGAUCGUGCUGGGGAGUGGCAAGACGACUUUGCUGGAUAAGCUGCUCACUCGGCUGAAAGAAACGGGCCACCGCGUUCUCAUCUUCUCCCAGAUGGUACGCAUGUUGGACAUUCUAGCGGACUACCUCGCUCUGCGAGGCUUCCAGUUCCAGCGCCUGGACGGCAGCACGAGGGCGGACCUGAGGCAGCAGGCCAUGGAGCACUUCAAUGCGCCCGGCAGUGACGACUUCUGCUUCCUGCUCUCCACGCGCGCAGGCGGGCUGGGUAUUAAUCUUGCCACGGCGGACACCGUCAUCAUCUUUGACUCUGACUGGAACCCACAGAACGACCUGCAGGCCAUGAGCUGCGCUCACAAGAUCUUUCCCUCCCGUGUCCCCCUUCCUCCCGUAUCCUCCUCCCUUCUCCGCCCCUGUCCGUCCUCCUCCCACCACCAGGCCACGAGUCGCGCGCACCGCAUAGGGCAGCAGGACGUGGUGAACAUCUACCGGUUCGUGACGAGCGGCAGCGUGGAGAGUGGUGCCAUGAGCCGAGCACACAGGAUAGGGCAGCAGGACGUGGUGAACAUCUACCGUCGUGCGCACCGCAUAGGGCAGCAGGACGUGGUGAACAUCUACCGGUUUGUGACGAGUGGCAGUGUGGAGGAGGACAUAUUGGAGCGCGCCAAGCGCAAGAUGGUGCUGGACCACCUCGUCAUCCAGAAGCUCAACGCUGCCGGGCGCCUGGAGAAGACUCAAAGUAAAAAGAGCAGCUCCAUGUUCGAUAAGAACGAGCUGGCGGCCAUAUUGCGGUUCGGAGCAGAGGAGCUGUUCAAGGAGAAAGUGAGCGAGGAGGAGGGAGCGAGCCGGCUGGAGAAUCUGGAUAUUGACGAGAUUCUGGCGCGCGCUGAGAAAAUCGACAGCAGCACUGCUGGGGAGGGCGCUAAUGAACUGCUCUCCGCCUUCACUGUGGCGAAUUUCAGCAGCACGGAGAACGACGCUGCUUUUUGGAGCCGGCUGAUCCAGGCAGCGCCAGCAGAGGAGGAGAAGGCGCUGGGGCCGCGCUCCUCCCGCCGCAACGCCACCUACACGGGCGAUGGGCUGCAUGGGGAUGCUGAUGAUGAGGAGGAGGAUGGGAGAGAGGGGAGGGGUGACGCCAACGCCUUCGUGAAGGCAGUGAGGCGGUACGGAGGCGCAGAGCGAGUCGCACAAAUGACAGCGGAGGCCGGUGGAGCAAUGGAAGCAGCGAGCGAAGCAGAGCGGCGGUCCCUCCACUCCCUACUCAUGCAGGCCUGCAAAGACACCGUCAGAGCUGCCGCCGCCGCAGAGGAAGACGACCCAAUGGGAGCAGCCGGAGCAGCAGCAGCGGCAGCAGCAGCAGGGGCGGCAGCAGCAGCAAAAAUCCCUCUACUGGAUUUCUUCGGUGUUGCAAUUAAAGCCCCGGAGCUCCUGCACCGGGUGAAAGAGCUCCAGUUUCUGGCGAAGCGGGUGGAGCGAGUAAGCGACCCUGUGAAGCAGUUCCGCCUGCGGUCGCAUGCGCGCGUGCCCUCAUGGGCUAAGACCACUUCUUGGACGCCUGUUGAUGAUGCAAGGCUGCUGCUAGGGGUGCACUUCCAUGGGUUUGGCAACUGGGAGCAGGUUCGGCUGGAUGAACGGCUGGGAUUGGAGAAUAAGAUCGCGCCGCCGGGAUCAACGGGUGGGAUUGGGGGAGGUGGAGAGGGGAAGCUGCCCAGAGGGAGCCAUUUGGAUGCACGGGCGUCUGCUCUGCUGCGCAAGGAGCUGGAGGCUGAUCCUCACCACGCCAAGGCUGCAGCAGCAGCCAAUGCUCUCAAGGUCAAGAUCAAGGUGCGAGGAGGAGGCAAGGGCGCGUUUGCUGCUGGCUCUGCUGCUGCUUCUGGCGCUGACGAAGCCGUUGCUCUGGGUGGGGGACGGAGAGGCGGGGGUGGGAGGGAGGAGAGAGGGCGGAGAGGGCGAGGGGGGGAGAGGGAGCGGGAGAGGAGGCAUGGUGGGGAGAGGGAGGGGCGAAGGCGGGGGAGGAGGGAGGAGGAGAAGGAGAAGCGGUCUCCGGAGAAGGAAAAGGAGGCCGAGGAGGCGAAGGAGGAGGGGGAGAUCUCCGAAGGGGAGGACGCCGCUGCAGCAGCAGCAACAGCAGCCGCCGCCGCCGCAGCAGCAGGGGCAGCAGGCGGAGGAGGGAGCAAGGUCGGGAAGGAGGAGGAGGGGGUCGCAGGAGGAGCAGGAGCCGCAGGAGGAGUGGGUGUGGGAGAGGGUGGGGAGGGGAGGCGCGGAGUGGCGUGGUGCAAGGGGAGGCUGGCCCCUCAGGACAGUGUGCUGCAGCGGUUGAAGCGGCUGCAGACAAGGCAGGAGCUGUCACCCAAGGAGGUGACGCAGAAGGUGAAGAAGUAUCUCCGACAGCUGGGCCAUGAGAUCGACAGCGUCAUGAAGCGCGAGGCUGCUGAUGCCGCCCUCCCGCGCCCCCACUUACAGAAGAUCUCUGAGGACUUGUGGGACUACGUGGCUCUGCACUCACACCUGUCUGGCACGCGAUUGGCCGACAUUUACCGCAAGCUGAGGGACGACCGUGGGAGCGAUGGAAAGGAAGACGCGAUGGAUGGUUCGGGAGGCCGGUCGUUUAAGGUUCGGGAAGUGGGGAGGUGGGAGAGGGAGAGGGAGAGAGGGCGGGAACGAGAGGGGGAAAUAGGGAGGGAAGGGGAGCGGGAUAGAGAGAAAGGGAGAGGGAGGGAGUGGAGAGAAGGAGGAGAAGGAGGAGGAGGGGGUGCGGCGUGGACGGCAGAGAGGCGGAGAUCAGAUGGACGAGAUCCAGACCGGCCUUCUGGUGGUGGUUGGGGGAGAGCGGAGGGGGGAGACGGCGGAUCUGGGAAGAGUGCAGAGAGGGGAGGGGAGAGGGGAGGGGAGAGGGGAGGGGAGAGGGGAGGGGAGAGGGGGGAGGAGAGGAGCGAGGCAUGGAAACGCAGGUGGAGAGAUGGGGAGGGGCCUACUUCCUCCUCUGCCCCUGUGUCCGGUGCAAGCAGCCCUCACAGAAUGGGCAAUGGGCAGGUGAGGGAGGGAGGAGGGGAGGGGGGAGAGGAUGCAGGCAACGGCAACGGGCGCAUGGAGAGCAGAGCUGAGGGCUCUGGGGCAGGAGGGGAGCGUGGGAGAAAUGCCAGAGAUUCCAGAGAUACGAGAGAGGGCAGAGAUUCCAGAGAUACGAGAGAUAUCCCUUCAGGUGCUCCCAGGGACGUAUCCAGAGAAUUUCCCAGAGACUCCCCCAGAGAUUUUCGAGAUGCCCGAGAUGCAUCAAGAGAGGCUCCUCGUGAUGCCCGCCCCCCUCGCCCUCCGCCUCCCCCCGCUCCGUCUGACGCCCGUGCGUCGAGAAUGGGGGCUGGUGCUGGCGUGGGCCGGGGCGAGGAUGGGGAGGUGGCGAAAGGGGCGGUGCAGGGUGCUGGUGCGGGUAAGUGGGGGGGUGGAGGAGGGGACAGGGAGAUGGAGGUGGGGGAGGCGGGGGAGGCAGGGGAGGCAGGGGAGUUGGAGGCGGUGGCAGAGGAGGGCAUGGUGCAGGAGUGA